AGGAGGGAUUGUUUCUGUGAUAGGAAUAGUGAUUGCUUCGGUGUUUGUAGAUUGAGGGAAAUAAUGUUUGAUGCCAAGAUUUCUUUUGUUUUGUUGUGGGUCUUGAGAGCAUGCGAUGUAUGCACGUGUGCUGGAAGGAACGAGUUCCUGAACGUGUUUUCUGCUUGAAAGAUCUUACAGGGUAUUGCUUCUGGGUCAUGGAAAGCUGUGAUGAUGAGAAGGACGGCGUCUCCGAAAACCUUAUGCCGAAGGCGCUAUCGCCCAGGGUAGCAUCUGGGGGUGCCAAGUUCGUGGAUGAAGUGCUUAAUGGUCAGGAUGAAUGCUGCUUGGACAAUUUCCGGAUGGACAAGAACGUGUUCUACAAGUUGUGCCACGUUUUGCAGUCGAGGGGCUUGCUGCGCCAUACGAACAGGAUCAAGAUCGAGGAGCAGCUGGCCAUAUUCUUGUUCAUAACAGGCCAUAACCUGCGGACGCGAGCUGUUCAAGAGCUGUUUAGAAGCGAUGUGCCUCAAGAAGUCCUGGAAAAUCCUAGAUUAUACCCUUACUUUAAUGUAGUUGCUCCCUCAAGUUCACUUUUUUGGAAAGGCCAGCAGCUUGUUCAUUUGACCUCAAGUUUCAUUACAUCUUGGCUGGGUGGGAAGGCUCAGCAUCUGAAUUGCGAGUCCUACAUUCUGCUCUCACAAGGCAUAACAAAUUGCAGGUCCCGGAAGAGGUGUCUUGUUGGUACGUUUGAUUAAGCUCUGGACCUUGUCAUGCCAAUUUGACUAAUGCAGGCAGGCACUACCUGGUGGACACCAAGUCUGUGAAUCUGCCAGGUUUUCUAAGCCCAUAUCAUGAUGUACCCUAUCAUUUGAAUGGGUUGCCUGGGGAUUGUCAUCUGCAGGAUGCAAAAGAGUUGUUCAAUCAAUGGCAUUCAUUAUUGAGAAAUGCCAUGAAUUGCAUCUUCAGUGCUUUGAAGGCCAGAUUCCUGAUUUUAACAUCAACUCCUCCUUAUCCAUAGCAGACACAGGUAAAGUUGGUCGUCGCUGGAUGCGCUAUUCACAAUUACAUUCAUAGGGAGAAACCAGAAGAUUGGCUUUUUAGAAGGUUUGAGCAUGGAGAUGUGAUGCAAAUGGAUGAGGCGUUGCCCUCUGUGGAGGUAGAACAGCCAAUGUUCUUUGAGAACCAGGACCUGGAUUUUCCUUUUGUAACACAAGAUUUAGAAAUGUCUUUGCAAUUGCGUGAUUCACUUGCUACUGAAAUGUGGAAUGACUGUCAGUGACGAUUUAUUUGGAAUUUAGACUCACGUGCAUGGUUUUACUUUAUUAGACCAUGUUCUUUCUGCUA